AACAACACAACUUUCACCAUAUGGAGCUGGAACAACAAUUUCUGCAGCUUUCGACCAAGUUCCUGUUCCUGAACUGUGGCACCCAGAUUGCGGACUAUCGAAACGAAAUCAACACACUGCUAAAUGAGCUAAAUGGGUUAAAUUAUCGUGCGGCUAGGAUCAGUGACUUACGGUCUCCGGUUCGCUUGAUCGAAUCGUUCCUCAACAUUCCGGUGUACGAAGAUACGCUCAUAGUGAAAGCAUGUUUUCUUGUCAAAUCACUCGUCGGGCGGCAAAAGAUUGUGCUACCAGAACCGGUCACGCUGAGCUUGAUUGUGUGGCUCCGAAAGUGUCUUGAACGACGCUUCUAUCAGGUGGCGUGUGAUGUGCUGGGCACGCUGCAGCUGCUUUUCCGUCGGUGCAGUGAUAUUACGCAGCAACUCGAUUUCUUCCUAUCGAAUAAUGGCAUUCUAGUUAACGUGUUGGCCGAUCCGGAUUACCGGCGGGUGGAACCGAAAACCGUUUCCUCAGCGCUGCUCGAUCAAUGUAGUUCCAGUGAGCUUUACCUGGCCGCCAUACUGUGCCUCGAAUCGAUCCUGAUCUGCUGCGAACCUCUGGGGGUUGAAGUACUCGAACCGUACCUCAUCACAGUAGGCAAUGCGGUACUGGACCUAAUAUUCAAAGCACGACCCGAGACGUUUACCGAACUAGCUUACUAUAGUCUCGCAACAUCCGCUGUAAAUUGUCUACGAAUUAUUGUCUCACUGGAGGAAACGCACGAAUGGACAAACAACCAGCUAGGACGACUGAUUGGUGCAGCCAAAUCGUUCAUAAUGUACGGCAUUCCCGAAGUAGCUAAGCUGGUACCGCAGCGUGUGCCCGUCUCGCAACAGGGUAUCCCGGAACCGCAGCAUAUACCCAUCAGCAAGGGAGGAAAAACGGCAAAGACUCGCAAAACACGAACUCAUCCCAAGAGCAAAAGAGGCGGAACGUUAAGAAAUAGCGGUGCUGGCGCUGGUGGAAGUAAAGAGAAAAAAUCUAUGGCCGAUGGAGAUAUCAACCGGCAGCCAUACUCCGAAGCAAGCAUUGUAUUGGAAUGGUCAUCCAAGUGUCAGCCACCGAUGGCCGGCUGCUAUCAAACGAGUGAUUCGGAUUAUUCUGAAAACGAAGCUACUUCCUCCCGGGCCCAAGUAGAACGGCAUCGGUCGGCAAAGUUAAGACAAACAGCGUUGGUACUGGUAGGAACGCUAGCGCAGCAUGUCGAAAAGCGUAUCAUGUUUGGCUACUGGCACGCGCUCUUUCCCGAUGAAACACGCACACAGGCCACAGUAUCGCUGCUGAACUGUGUCCUACGAGAUCCGUCCCCGAAAUGUCGUAUAGCGGCGAUACAAGCCACAUCAUUCCUGCUCUACAAAUCGAAACCGUUUCUGAUACAGGCGGAAAGUAGCAAAAAACCACACGUUUCGUUCACCCCGUUCUCGGUCACGCUCGGCAACAUGGUGCUCGAAAUGUACGCCAUGUUAACGCAAGCACUAACCCUCGAGAGUGAUCUUAGCGUUUUAACGCAGCUCCUUAAGGGACUCACCGUGUUCAUACAGGCUACUCCAUUCCAUCGGCUGAGCCCAGGUAUAGCGAGACGGUUCGUCAGGAUCGUGCGACCUUUGGUACGGCAUCGAGACGCUACUAUAAAGGUGGCAGCAUUGAUGGUGAUGGGCUUUCUCAUCUCCGUGCCGGACCUGACGGAAGAAAUAGCCGAGCUGGUGGGGAUCAAAAAGUUGGCUCACGUACCGACCGGUAAUGUGGCACGCAGCAAACCUGUUUCCAAGGCAUUUGAUCUUGAGCUAAACCAGGAAGAAAAUGAGGAAGAGGAAGCGCUUGAAUCCGAUCCGGAAGUGGAGGUUGGGUGUGAAGAGGAGACGAAACCGGCACCGUCUAUCGAGAAUGGCAGUGGAGGUGAAAAUGGCAUGUCUUGGUUGCUUCAAGUAACGUUGGAAAAUUUAGGAGUCAACGGUGUCGCUAGCACCGUAAUGCCUGUCCGGAUGGAAUGUUUGCAAGUGUUGUGUGCAAUGGCGAGUCACUAUUCACUGCUAGUUGACCAUCUGCCAAUGGUAGCGGAGGCUUUGGUUAAUGCUUUCGGUGAUCCACUGCCAGAGAUAAAGUUGUAUGCCGGGCGUCUGUUGGAUUUGCUCGGGCAUGCCAUACACACGGAACUACUUUUGCAGGAUAAAAUUGAUAUAGAGCACCUUGAUGUGGCCCUACAGUUCUGGACCAGCAUCAUCCCGAUUGUAACGGAGCAGAUACAAGACGUACAACUGGUUGCUACGUUACGCUCCGUGUGCUGCGAUGCUCUCGGGAAUAUUGGUGUGCACGUGUAUGAGAAGUUUCCGAGAGGUCGGCAGCUGGCACUAAUAUCCUUGCUAACAGGCUGCACGUUCGAUGAAGAUAGUGGUGUCUCGUCGGCGGCUGCACGUGCCCUUUCCGUGUACAUUCUGUUUCCAUCGUUACGGGACGAUGUGUGCUAUGUGGAAAACACGAUUGAAUCGAUAUUGAGGAUCAUGCGCGAUCCUAAUCUAACGGCGAGAAUUAAAACAAGCUGGUCGCUGGGAAAUGUGACCGAUGCGCUCAUCCUGAACCAGCAACAUCAUCUUCAGCUCAAUCAUCCAGAUUCAUUAGACGAUCGGCAGGGAUAUUUAAGCAUCAAUGAUGAGAUGUUGCGACGCAUCCUUGAGGUUGCGCUUGAUUCGGCUAAGGACAAUGACAAGGUGCGCAGUAAUGCUGUACGUACGAUAGGAAAUGUUCUGCACCUUUUGCGCCCACCACAGCUUGAACAACCCACUUGGAUGCCUAUGUACGAGGACGCCAUUGAACGGUUAAUACAGAAUGUUGUCGUUUCGAGUACCGUCAACGUGAAGGUGAAAUGGAACGCUUGUUACGCGCUUGGGAAUAUGAUGAAAAAUGAAACCUUCUUCCUGUCUGGUGCCGCUGGAACCUGGGAACGUCGCGUUUUCCCAGCAUUGUGUGAAACGGUUGUCAAUUCACCAAACUUUAAGGUACGUAUUAAUGCUGCCCAAGCUUUAACGGUCAUUGGCAAGCGGGAGCAUUUUGGCGCCUUUUUUCAACCGACAUGGCUAGCGCUCUUGCAAGCGCUCGAACAGUCGGACAAUUUGGUGGACUACAACGAAUACAAACGACGAGAUUCGCUGCAGGAGCAGUUGUGUCUUUCGUUGGCGCAUUUGCUACGUUUAGCGACGAAAGAUGAUGUACUGGUGAUGGCAAGCGUCCUCCUGCCACUGUAUGAUGCAGUGCGAGGAAACUGGGUGCGUGUGAUAAGUCGCAUACUGCCGGAAAAGAGUGCAGCACUGCUCGAGUCCUAUCGUGUACUGUUGGAGAUGCGUAAGGCCAGCAAAGGCGAUGGCGAAACGAUACCUGCCUCGUCGUGGGAUUUGUUACUCAAAUGCUUCACAGAUUCGGAUGUUUGCUGA